AAAUAAUUAGAAAUUAAUGAUGAAAUGUGUGAUUUUUGUUACGAUACUGUUAUCAGUGACAUGCAUAGACUUUGUUGCUGAUGAAUUUAGAUGGCCUGAUUGGCCUGAUUAUGAUUUCAAGACUUGGUCAGGAUUGAUAGAGCUUGAUGAUGAUGGAGUGAAAAGGUUGAUAUAGAUUCUAUAUUAGAAAUUUGCAUUACGUAUUUGUAGAGAGCCAAACAGAGGAUGCAGAAUUACAAACAUAACCUGUAAUACUUUGGUUAAAUGGGGGUCCAGGAUGUUCAUCUAUGUUGGGUUUGAUGUAAGAAAUUGGACCAUUUGUGAUUGACAAUGGAGAAACUGAAUAUAAAGAAAAUCCAUGGUCAUGGAAUAAGAAAGCGCAUUUAUUGAUAUUGGAAUCCCCUUUUGGAGUUGGAUUCUCUUAACCUACUCCAGAAAAUUAUAAUUUCACAGAUGAGAAGACUGGAACAUUCAAUUACGAGGCAAUCCGACUAUGGUUUAAUACAUUCACAUACUAUAGAGGUAGAGAAUUCUAUAUCGCUGGAGAAUCAUAUGCAGGUAUGAAAGUUAUUAAUUUUAGGAAUGUAUAUUCCGUAUACAGCUUAAGCUUUAUUAGAGAAAGAGAAAAAUGUAAUUGAGAAUGAAAGAAUAAAUUUUAAGGGAGUAUUAAUAGGAAAUGGUGUAUUGAUUAAUAAUGAGAAAUUAAGAAAUUAAACAGCACUAAAGUUUUUGGCAAGAAGAUCAUUUAUAGAUUCUACAAAUUAAUUUAUUUUGACUCACAAUUGUGCUUCAAAACCAGAUUCAGCAAGUUGCAAAUAAGCUAAGAAAUCAUUGGAUGAUGCAAUUGCCUUGAUAAAUCCAUAUGGAGUAUAUUCUUAUUGUUGGAGUGACAGUACUAGAAAGGAAUUCAAAGUGGAGAGAUAAUCAAAACAUAGAUAUACUUAUACACCAUGGUUAAAUUUGAGUGAAGAUGAUGAUGAUAGUAAUGCUCCAUGUCUUGAUUUUGGACCUUUAGCAAAUAAAUUGAACACUGAAACAUAUAAAUAGGCUCUUCAUGUUGAUAACGAUACUGUAUGGACAGGUUGUAGUGAUUCGGUUUAUCGCUAAUAUAAAAAAUCAGAAGGAAGUUAUUUAAUUUUACCAGAAUUAUAUAAAGCAGGAAUCGAUAUUCUUAUUUAUUCUGGUGAUUAAGAUUUAGCAGUGAGCAUGAUAGAAACUUAUGAAAGUAUCUAAUAAAUACCAGGAUGCAAUAGAAUUAAACCUUGGGUUCCUUAUGUUAAUAAGCAUCCAGGUCAAUUAGAGAAUCAAUUAGCAGGAUGGAUUGAAGAAUAUGAUUGUUUUAGAUUCUAAGUUAUUAGAGGUGCUGGACAUGUAAUUCAAUAUUACUAUUUUAGAUGGUUCCAUAAGAUCAAAGAGAAAACGCAUGGUUUAUGUUCAAUGACUUUAUUAACAGAAAUAAGGGAAUCUGAC